AUGCGGCUCAGUUCCUUGGGGAGCCCUUCCUUCGUGACCCUCUAUAACCUCCCAUUCUGCCAAGCCCUGAUGCCCCCCAGACCUGCCCUCGCCGAAGCUAGGUGGUCUCAGUCCCACCUGGGGGCCUCUGCUCUCCAGCCGCCUCACGGAGUUCUGCCACUGGUGAAGGGUCACCAGGUGUUGCUGGUGUUCUCUGGGUCCGAGGGCUUUUCUCCUGCAUCUUCAUCACCCCCACUUUCUCUGUCCACGCACCGUGACCACUGGCCAACCCAGAUUCUCACCAGGACCCAGUCCCUUUGGGCUCAGCUGGCGGCUCUGGCCUGGUCUCCAUAA